GUUGGCUUUCGUCUGACCUCCAUUGUCCACUCAAACGCGUGAAUUAAGUGUUUCACGACCCAGCGAUCGUGCAACGAUGGCGGCUUCUUCGAGCACGGCUAGACAAACUUUCGACCUUCUGAACAACGUCAGAGAAAUAUCACCAGAGGACGAAAUUUUCAAAUUCGAUCGCGAAGAACAAAAAAAGGUCAUAGACGCGGCUCUCUGGAAGGAUGAUCCCCAUUAUUUCAAACAAUGCAAGAUUUCAGCAGUGGCUUUGAUUAAGAUGGUCAUCCAUGCACGUUCAGGCGUACCCUACGAAAUUAUGGGAAUGAUGCAAGGGAAAGUUAUCGGCACGACCAUGGUCAUCAUGGAUUCGUUCGCAUUACCGGUGCAAGGAACUGAGACGCGUGUAAAUGCAGGGAACGAGGCAGCAGAGUACAUGGUGCAGUAUACCACGGGAAGCGAGAGGGUGGGAAGGCUAGAAAAUGCGAUUGGAUGGUAUCAUUCCCAUCCAGGAUACGGUUGUUGGUUGUCUGGUAUCGAUGUCAGCACGGAACUGAACAAUCAGAAGUUCCAAGACCCAUUCGUCGCAGUCGUCAUCGACCCAAACCGCACGAUAUCAGCUGGAAGAGUAGACAUCGGCGCGUUCCGUACAUAUCCCGAGAACUACAAGCCCCCCAAUACUUCUCCCUCCGAGUAUCAAUCUAUACCGCUCAACAAGAUCGAGGACUUCGGUGUUCACGCCAAUCAGUACUACCAGCUAGAAGUAGAGAUCUUCAAAUCGAGUCUCGAUAAUGAGCUGUUAGGGAUGUUGUGGAACAAGUAUUGGGCCAAUACACUCAGUCAGAGCCCUCUCAUCUCGAACCGAGCAUACGCGGUCGCGCAGCUCUCCGAUCUCCACCAGAAACUGUCCAAGGUAGCAACGGGGAUUCCAAACACACGUGCUACGUUACCUCCACUUCCUGAAAAAGAGAAUUCCUCGAAGACUGAGAAAGAAGAUAAGAAGAAAGAGGAGAGCCAGUUAGCAAAGAGCGUGAAAGACAGUGCCAAAAUCGCAGUGGAAGCACAACAUGGACUCAUCUCGCAAGUAAUUAAAGACGUGAUCUUCUCCAUGAGACCGAACAAGUUACCCACUCAGUCGAAAAGCGGUCCUGCAACCGACUCAUCCAAUACAGGACGAAUUUCCGACCUUGCCGACACAUCAAUGGCCAUUGGUUGAAACGGAAAACGUCGGUUUUCGGUAUCAUUUCUUGCCCAUCUUGCUUUUGCAUGUAGAAUCCGUGCAAAUUUGUGUAUCAUAUGUCCAUUGUACACCUCAUCAAGUUUAACACUACGCGGAUUGAAGCCUGAUCUAGAGCGAAGAUGCAUACUCUCUCUCCUUCCACCGAGUCUUAUGUACACAUACAUCGACUCGCCCCUUCUCUCUACCAAGGUCUCUCAUCAACGCCACCCCCCGAUCUCCUCUCGAUGUACGUUCACACGUACUUCCAAAGAAACAUCUCUUUCCACUGAUCUCC